AAAUGCACAGUUUCGGAGUUGCUGAAUGUGGCCGCAGUAUAUGGCCCGUAGUACACCGCGGAGCUGCACCGGAACCUAUAUUUAAAUACAUAAAACAUGGCCGCGCCCUGUGUGCAGUGAGUAGGAGCUUUUCCAGCGCGAGAUUCAGACAUACUGCCGCAGCGCAGCUGGCAAACCGUAGUCGCUCGCUAGACGAAGUUAACUGACUUGUUAACUGCUAAUUACUACAACAGACACCUUGACCUGGUGCUGUUGCAAGAGCAUUGCUGCUGAUAUUAAGUCAUCUUUCAAUAACAAUGGCCACUCCAGGAAAAAUUUCGAAAAAGGGGCGCAAAAAGCUACUUCAGGCAAAGACCUCCCUCAGCAUCCCCUACAGCCUAUCAUGGAGCCCCCUUCCUCAGAACAGCAUGCACUACAUCCUGAACACACUGACGGACAAACUGAAAGCUGUGGGCCUGGAGAAGAGGGAAGCCAAGGGGCCCCGCCGGUGGAAGAAGGGAGACGAGGCAUCUCAGCCACGGACUGAGGAGACGGGUCCUCCAGAGAAGUCCAGCUGUGGUUGGACAGACAAGGCAGCCAGAAGGCAGCUGGCCGUGGGCAUCAAUGAAGUUACCAAGGCCCUGGAGAGGAAUGAACUCCGGCUGGUGCUUGUGUGCAAAUCGGCACAGCCAGCUCACAUGACCAGCUACCUGGUGGCGCUGAGCAGCACCAGACAGGUGCCGGCCUGCCAGGUUCCCCGGCUGAGCGACAGUGUUGCCCGGCCGCUGGGGUUGAAGAGCAUUCUGGCGCUGGGGUUCAGGCGUGGGAACGAGCUGGAGGAUGAACUGUUUUCUGAUACAGUUGACGCCAUUAUACCCAGAGUUCCCCCACACAAUGUUGCCUGGUUACCAGAUACGUUGCCGAGUGACGCAACUGAAUGGCCGAUAGAGAAGGGGGACACAGGGAAGGGGGUGAAACGGAAGGUUGAGGAUGAGAGCAGGGAGGUGGGUGCAGGUCCGGAGGGGCAGGACAGGGGUGAGGUGAAAGGGCUGGAACACAAGCCUGAGGAUGGGACUCCAGAGCAGAUAGAAUCUGCAGCCUUGGUUCUACAGCCUCUCAAAGUUAAAAAGAUUGUUCCCAAUCCAUCCAAAAUAAGAAAACAAAAGCGAAAGAGACUUGUAUAACCUGAUUUUGUAAAGAUUAUUUUUUUUUAAUGGGGGGGGGGGGGUUUCCCACUUUAAACACACCAGGAAUGUGAUCCUUGGCACACAUUAAAAUUAUGACAGAUUCAAACUUGCACCUUUUUAAAGUCAUGAGUUUAUUCAAUCAAUCAAAUAUCCAUGCUGGUAUAACUGACGUGUUUGUAACAGAGUGUUUGGAUGAAGUCUAAACAGUGCUGGUUCUGCAGUUCUACUACCGCCUGGAAUGGACUUCAAUAAAAAUAUUGUUCUUCAAUUAGAGAAA